UUUCUCUCCUUCCUCCAAAAGAUGAAGCAUCCCCAUCGCCAUCUCUUUUGGGAUCUUUCCCUUUGCUUCCUGAUCGCAACCACCCUGAUCCUGAUUCGAGCUCCGACGAUGCACGGUGCAGAGGAUGCGAGCUACUUGAACUGCAGCUCCCCCAUCCAAUGCGGCGACCUGCAAAACGUCAGUUACCCCUUCUGGGGGUUGAACCGCCCCUCGUACUGCGGCCUGCCCGAGUUCGAGCUGACUUGUCAGGACAACACGGCGCUGAUCAACAUAUCGAACGAGGACUAUCGGGUCCUUCGUAUCGAUGGCACCUCACAGAUGACUGUUGCCCGAAAUGAUUACUGGGAUACUUUCUGCCCAGCCAAUUUUAAAAAUACCACCCAGGAAAUUACCAGCCCUUUCAGUUACACCACGGACACCGUGGCCAGUAACCUGACUCUGUACUAUGGGUGUCAGGCAAUCUCGACCACGAUAACAUUAACGACGAUCAUGACCAGCCAGUUUACCUGCACCUACAGUGGAAACAUUGUCACUGGUUACUUCUUGACAAAGAAUGUUAGCGAUGUCGCGAGUUCUGGCAGCGUCAAUUUCACGGCCAUUGUGAGUUACUUUGGAGACUGCAACACGAGCGUGGUGCUGGCUGCAAACCAGUCGGCCAUCCAGGAGAUAGAGUCGAGCCCAUCCAGCACGACUUUAGUGUCGGCCAUCGAUGAGGGCUUUGGGCUGACGUGGACAGUGGACACUAAAUGCAGCGGCUGCCUCGCUUCAGGCGGGCAGUGCGGGCGGGAUAAUAGCACGGGUAAUUUCGUUUGCUAUUGCCCGGAUAAGCCCUACUCUUCCGCAUGCCCAGGUAUGUCAAUUUAUCCUAGACUUACUUCGAACAAAUCUAUAUGAUGAUUUAGUCCUGACUGAUGGCUCGGGGU